UCGAUAGGGUUGUUUGGGGGAGCUACUAAAUCGGAUUGUCGAGGUGCUCGUCGCGUGUUGUAGUGAGAGGCAGAAGUCGCAGUUGAGAUUUGGAGCUUCGAGAGACGCUCGGACCACCAACUACCUACAGCGCCGACAAAUUUGGGAACCGCGGCGUGCAUGACUUCCAUCAUUCACCGCAGCCAACCCGCAAUUGCCCGCCGCGAGCACCUCCAAUCACUUCUGCCGAUGCCAGGAUUGUAGCCACAACAUUUGAAGAUGGCAUCACGAUCGCUGGGCGAGCGACUGCUCCGUCCCUCGACCUUUACACGCAUACCGCAGUCCUCGAGACAGACAACACCGUCCUGGACAUGUCAACGAACCAUAUCGAGAUCGCCAAGACAACCUGCGCAGCCACAGAGGAAGCAAGCAGACCAAAACUACGUUCCCGAGCGAGCGGCCGCAAGUCCACAGCCCACUCAGAGUGAGACGUCACAGACAAUCGACUCCAUGCUCGGCGGUACGACCACGAACAGGGCACCAUAUAUGCCACGGGGCGCAGCACCUACCUCACCAGCCAACCGCGUCUUUGGAGAAGCCUUCGCGGGCACCCAGAGCAGACGGCCUGCCCACAAGCCAGGCCUGAAUUUCGACGACAUGGCAUUGUCCGACGACAUAGCCAACCCAAGUCUUGCCAACAAGCCUUCCGGUGCGGCAUCGCUCGCUGUACAACAGGAAGAGACGUUUUCUCAGUUCCCACGCUUGAACCCCGUAUACGGACGUACUGUAGAGUUGGAUCCUAGCCGCGGACGGGAUAUGGUGAGGGGUAUUGGCAUGCUGGGGAGUUUGAUGGCAAGGAACCAAGUCAAGCGCGACUUCAACAAACAGAGGUUCCACGAGAGAGGCGGAUUGAAGAGGAAGCGAUUGGCGUCUGAGAGAUGGAGGGCGAGGUUCAAGAAGGGUUUCCGCGACGUGACUAACCGGGUGACAGAACUAACGAGGAAGGGAUGGUAAACAUAUAUGACGCUGAUUUGAUGCUUCGGAAUGGCGGGGAUAUCAACCAUGUAUGAAUCCAACGUGUACAUAAUGUACUAUAACUGCAUUGCAUUUGCAUAAUAAGCACUGGGUGCUUACCGAACUGAUAGCUAUCGAGAUAUUAUGACCAUCUCCGAAGCAUACGUCAACCUUGAC